AUGUUCUGCACCGGAUGUCUGCCGGCAAGGGCAUCUGAGCACUUGAGGGGCCCUGAGCUACUGGCACUGGCACCUGAGCCACCGACUGCCCCCGACCUGAGUCCGCUGGCGCCCUUCCAAUGUCCUAUUUGCUUUGAGUCCUUCGCUUGGCAGUCUGAGAACGUGAUAACAGUCCCAUGCCCACGUGCACAUCGUUUCUGCCGAUUGUGCUUGACCCAGCACGCAGCUGCACAGCGUUUUCCUCGCUGUCCCGGGGAGGGUUGCAGGCAUGAGCUGUCGGACGAGGAGCUCGUUGAUAUUUGUGGUGAAGACUCCGUGACUGUUCUAAGCUUCCGCGAAGAGCUGCUAUUGAAAGCUGUGUUUGGCCUCGGGGAUGCGGUCCAUUGCCCAAAUCCCUGCUGCAGGUCCAUCUUAAGUGUGGAGCCCGGAAGUGGCAGGCAGCGUGUGGAAUGUUGUAACUGGCCUGCAUGGUGUACUCAGUGUCGGCAGCCCUAUCACUAUGCGGUGGACUGCCGAGAUGUGCAAGCUCUCCGUGACCAGUGGCUACAGUGGGUGUCCCACGGGCGCACAGUGUACAACGAAACGAGAGCUCAACACGCAGAGUUCGAACGUCAGAAGCAAGCACUAGAGGAGGCGGCUGCGCGCCAUGCUGAGUUGAAACAUGAUGAGGAGUGGAAGCAGGCGAACUGUCGAGAGUGUCCCCGAUGCCGACGCGUUGUCCAAAAGAUCGACGGUUGCAACAGCAUGGUCUGCGGUGAAGAUACCCAUGGCGGCAACCGCCAGCAGGGUUGUGGGCAUCGCUUCCAGUGGGAUAAAGCGCGCGCAUACCAAGCAGCUCCCGACUCGCGGCCCCUGCCUAGGCUGGAUGUACAAGAUGUGAAAGUUCGAGGAGCCGGAAUUCGGCAUCCAUUUUGCCGAUGCUCGAGAUGUCACCAGGACAUUGUGGGGCCACGUUUCCGAUGUAUCCACUGCCCCGACUACAACCUCUGCGCCAGCUGCGACAGCGAUGCCACCGUAGCGCAGGACCACCCUGCCUCACAUGUCUUCCAGAUCCUCUUUCAGCCGGAGUAUGAUCUCCGAGCACAUCUGCCGGUAGGGUCACGCAUCGUCAUCGCCGACGGCUCGGAACGUCAGGGCUUCGAGGCAACUGUGCAGCACGAGAUCUGCCAGGAAUCCCCGUCUUAUGGCCCAAGCACUUUUGGUUGUGAUUUUGGGUGUCGGAUACUAUCGUUUACCUGCUUUGGGGCAUUUCGGGUUUAG